AUGAUGAGACGUGACGGCUUCUCCCCGUGACUUCCGGCCACCACUCGCACACUCACUCACUCAUUCAUUCACAUAUACCAAAACUAUACAUACACCUUGCUAUAUCUAUACAUAUAAAUAUAUAUAUAUAUUACUGUAUGAUUUUCGUUCCAUAAAUUUAGCAGUUAAUCAAGGAAGCUCAUCUUAACAGAUCCAUCCAUCUUAGUCCGAUUAUGAAGAAUGCCACAUCACCAGUUCUGAAUCCUUCUUCUUCUUCAACUGAACAUAAGAGAGAUGCUUAUGGUUUUGCAGUGAGACCUCAGCAUGUACAGAGAUUCCGUGAAUAUUCAAGCAUCUACAAGGAGGAAGAGGAGGAACGAUCUGAUAGGUGGAAGGACUUUCUGAAACGGCAAUUGGAGGCGGCUCAGUUGCCUGAAGUUGGCUGGACUGCAGAAGCAAAUGAUACAAGUGGUAAAAAACUUGGUCAUGAUGAUAGUCAAAAGGAAGAAGCAGUUCCAACUAAUCAAACACAGAUAUGGUCUCACAUUAGACCUUCCCUUCGAGCCAUUGAGGAUUUGAUGAAUGCCCGUGUUAGGAAGAAGAUUAAUGUUUCCAAUACUGAGAAAGAUGAAGAAGCUGAAGAACCCGCUUUGUUUGAAGAUGCUAAACCUGCAAAAGCAGGUAUUGAGGAGGAUUCUGAAGAAGAAUUCUAUGAUUUAGAGAGGUCAGAGUCAGACCCAACUCAAAACGUCCCUUCAAGUAAUGGUGAUUUAAGUGCCCCAGCUGCCAUUAUUGAAUCAUCAAUUCCAUGGAAAGAAGAAUUGGAAUGUCUUGUCCAGGGAGGAGUGCCAAUGGCUCUUAGAGGAGAGCUCUGGCAAGCUUUUGUGGGAGUGAAGGGACGUCGCAUUGAAAAUUAUUAUCAAAGUCUUUUGGAUCCCGAUACAAAGAAUGAUAAUAGUAAGACGUCAACUAUCGAUUCUGUAUGCUUACCUGAAAAAUGGAAAGGGCAGAUAGAGAAGGACCUACCUCGAACAUUUCCAGGUCACCCUGCUUUGGAUGAUGAUGGUAGAAAUGCUUUGAGACGUUUACUCACUGCAUAUGCUAGACAUAACCCAUCUGUUGGCUACUGUCAGGCCAUGAAUUUCUUUGCUGGAUUGUUAUUGCUGCUGAUGCCAGAAGAAAACGCUUUCUGGGCUCUGAUGGGAAUCCUUGAUGACUAUUUUGAUGGCUAUUAUUCAGAGGAAAUGUUAGAAUCUCAGGUUGAUCAACUUGUGUUUGAGGAGUUGGUGCGUGAGAGGUUUCCGAAACUGGUUAAUCAUCUGGAUUACCUUGGAGUGCAAGUAGCGUGGGUAUCCGGGCCAUGGUUCCUUUCAAUAUUUAUGAAUAUGCUUCCCUGGGAAAGUGUUCUUAGAGUUUGGGAUGUGCUUCUGUUUCAAGGAAAUCGUGUUAUGUUGUUUCGAACUGCCCUUGCUUUGAUGGAGUUGUAUGGACCUGCAUUAGUCACAACGAAAGAUGCCGGAGAUGCCAUUACAUUGCUGCAAUCACUGGCUGGAUCGACAUUUGAUAGUAGUCAACUUGUCUUAACGGCUUGUAUGGGUUAUCAAAAUGUGAAUGAGCCAAGAUUGCAAGUUCUGCGAAAUAAACAUAGACCGGCUGUUGAAACUGCACUCGAGGAAAGAUCAAAGGGACUUCAAAUGUUGAAAGAAAAGAAAAUCGUUCAGAUAGGAAACAUGACAAAUGGUGUAUUGUCAAGAAUAGAUUCCGAGUCUUCUAAUGAAAAUGAACUUUAUAUGGGUAUAUCAGGAGACGUGGAGAUCGAUUCUGUUCCAGAUCUUCAAGAACAGAUCUCGUGGCUAAAGAACGAGUUGUGCAUGAUACUAGAUGAAAAACAAUCUUCAACACUCAGAGCUGAGGAGUUGGAAACUGCCCUAAUGGAGAUGGUAAAGCAGGAUAACAGACAACAAUUAAUUGCAAAGGUUGAACAAUUAGAGCGAGAAAUAGCUGAGCUACACCAAGCUCUUACUUGCAAACAGGAACAGGAAAACGCCAUGCUUCAGGUUUUGAUGAGAGUAGAGCAAGAACAAAGGGUAACUGAAGAUGCGCGCAUAUAUGCUGAGCAAGAUGCUGCCGCCCAGAGAUAUGCUGCUCAUGUGCUUCAGGAAAAAUAUGAAGCAGCAACUACUUCCCUUGCUGAAAUGGAGGAGAGACUUGUUAUGGCAGAAUCAAUGUUGGAGGCUACCUUGCAAUACCAAACCGUACAGCCUAAAGCACAGCCUUCACCUAGAUCGACAAAUCAUGAACCUUCAGCGACAAGGACCAGUCAAGAGUUCUCCCAAGACAUACCUGUUAGAAAGAUCAGUCUAUUAUCAAGACCAUUUGGACUCGGGUGGCUCGACAAGAACAAGGAGAAGCCUGUUGAAGAAGCACACCUUGUCAAGUCUAAUGAUGAGUUAAAGAUUCUGAAUACGCUGAAAGACACCAAUGGUCAUCAAAUGGAGGAAGUAUCCCUGGGCUGAUUGUAAAGAUGUGUAGUAUACCAAUAGGUUCCUUUUAUUACUGCUAGAAUGGUCAAAUGCAGCACGGCUAUAUUGACUUGUAUAUCAUACAAUGACAGUCAUAUAUUGCUAUGGGCUUGGCCAUGACAACCCAAAUCUAAAUUGAUUUGGUUCACAAGAAUGUAUGAGUUGCGGCAUUCUUGUUCGUGUACAUGGUCACAUUCUAGAUAAAAGUUAAGGAACCCAGAGUCGUGUUAUUGUAACUGUACAAUGUUAUUUAAUAUUUAUUGAUUAAUCACAUAUUUCUUUUUUAUUA